AUGCAGUCUCUGAGGACUGUCCUCCUCGUCCUGGCUGUGCUCUGCACCCCGGUCUCCAGCCUCUGUUUGCGCGCGUACGACUCCGACUCGGGCUUCCUGUGCGACGGCGAGCUGCUUUCCAGCGCGGACGCGGAACGAGUCGUGAACGCGCCGUACGACGGCCAGGAGACGCCCGAGGAGUCGCGCGAGAGGCGAACUUUACCCGGCUCCAGCUACAAGUUUCUGAGCCACACGUUGCUCAGGAGCAAGCUGUACGGCAGCGGUGCGAGGAGUGACCGGCGCAGCAGGGUGACCCUGUCCCUGGACGUGCCCACCAACCUCAUGAACGCGCUCUUCGACAUCGCCAGAGCCAAGAACCUGCGCGCCAAAGCUGCGCACAACGCGCGCCUCAUGGCGCAGAUCGGCAAGAGGAGGUGA